UCCGAUUUUCUCGACUCUCUGCCGCUUCCAUUCUCAUCUUUUCAUACCUUUUGCGCCAGUAAUAUCCUCCGAGAAUCUGUUAAAACAAAAAUGAGGAAGAAAAAUCUGUAAGUGAUUUCAUCCCUUUGGACUUCUUUUUCCGGUUAUUGUUUUCUUGGAGUCGAAGGAGAACAGCGGAGGAGAAUGUCUUCUUCAAUUUCUCUUCUUUCACGUUCUGCAACAUUCUCACCUCUGAAACGGGGUCGUGGGACUCACCAGAGAGUCCGACCCAGUUUUAGUCUCGGACCAAGAAUUGGUCACGGCUUGGCUUUCUUCUUCUCUGCCGAUAACCAGGCUCUCGGCAGCCCGGGUCAAUUUCUCCCAGUUGACCAAGAACGAGAGAGAAUCACCGAUCAAGAUUUCUGAUUUCGACCGGCCUUCGGAAGGAUUCAAUCUGAAAUCCGGGAAUUUCGCCAGUUUUUGUAGUCGAACGAUAUGGGAAUCUUGAUUCUGUUCUUGAGUAGCUCGAGGUUGGAGAAUCCGAAAGACAUGAUUCUCGCUGUUGAUAUUUACGUCUCUCCUUUUCUAAGGAGACCAUGGACGUGGGGUUUCAUACAAGCAGCUCUGGUUCAUUCUUCAUAUCUGACUCCUCCCAACCUGCCGCCGUUAAAAGACUGAUCAGAGAAAGAACACUGAGGCAGCGGCCGUUGGCAACCAAGGCUGUAAAGCCCACCAUUACUGACAAAACUCGAACUGUUAGUGUUCUUGAUCGAAAAACGAAAUGUCAAAUGAUUAGAGAAUCUCGGGACUAUUCUUUCCUGUUCGGCCUGGAUUCUGAACUUCCUGCACCACCUGCAAAAAGGCCUAAAGUUGGUGAUAAUUUGUCUAAACAAGUACAUACAAGCAUUGAGCCCAAGUACAUACAUGCCAUAAAAGAUUCUGGUGUACACGAUACUUUCAAGAAGAACUCAGCACCAAAGAAUCAACCACCGUCGUUGAAAGAUCUUCAUGGCUCUCACGGGCACAAACCAUCCAUCCCAAGGCCAGCAGUUGCAAAUAAGAAUUUGGGACAAGAAGAAUUUUAUGGUGAAUCGAAUAAAUUGAAAGCAAUGGAAAAUCAGUUGCAACAAGCAGUUGCAAAUAAGAAUUUUGGACAAGAAGAAGUUUAUGCUGAAUUGAAUAAACUAAAAGCAGUGCAAAAUCAGUUGCAGUCAUCUUCAAGACACCGUGCUCCAGAUGAAAAGAAAGCUUCUUUUUCAUACUCACAACCUGGAGCGGAGCCUCAACUGGAGCAGCCGAAAAAGCCUCUGAUAAUCAGGAUUAAGUUGCGUCCAAAUCAUCAAAUUCUAAGUCGGUCUGGAGCACUUGGGCCAGAAUUGCAGCAGCCUCCAACAGGGCAACGCAUGGGCAAGCCGAAGAUUAUUAAAAGACAAGAGGUUAAGCCUACAACAGGGCAUGGCAUGGGAAAACCGAAACUUAUUCAAAGACAUGAGGCUCCAACAAGGGAAGACAUGGGGAAGCCGAAGCUUAUUCAAAGACAUGAGGCUCCAACAGGCUAUUGCAUGGGGAGGCCGAAGCUUAUUCAAAGACAAGAGGCUCCAACAAGGCAUGGCAUGGGGAAGCCGAAUCUUAUUCAAAGAGAUGAGCUUCCUACAGGGCGUGGUAUGGGGAAGCUGAAGCUUUUUCAAAGACAUGAGCUUCCUACACAGCUUGGCAUGGGGAAGCCCAAGCUUAUUCAAGGACAUGAGAAUUUGCAGCCUCCAACCGGACAACGCAUGGGAAAGCCGAUAAUUGUUCAAAAACAUGAGCUUAAACGCCCUAGGCCUUCAAUUGUUGAUGAAGAGUAUAUCGAGUCUCAAAUGAACUCAAUUCUUCAAAAAUUAGCUAGAAAUAGCUAUAUGAAAGCUGUUUACAACGAUGGAGAUAUCGAAUGCAUGGUCUCCAGUUUUGAAGAUAUCCAGAAGGAGGAGGGGAGAAGUGCAAAAAUUGGCAGGAAGGAGGCUAAAUUCGAGUGACUUUGAAUUGAAGAAGAAUUCUGUGAGAAAGUUUGUAGCAGUGAAGACCCCCCCAUACAAAAAAAAAAAAAAAAACAGAGAGAAAAAGGAAAGAGAGAUUCUAAAGAAAAAGAAAAAGAAAAAUGAGUGUAUUGGGUGUAUUUGGGAUUUGGGAAGUGAGUUUUUAGAUACUUAUGGAAUUAUUGUGAACAUAAUGCUAGAAAAAGGAAAAUAUUUUUAAAGUGAAAUAUUGUAGAUUCUGCGAAUUAUAGAGAACACUGUUAUUCAUAGUAUAACUUUUGAAAACCAAGAUUUGUAAGGGA